AUGGAUGCGGGCAAGGCCCGUGGGGCUGUGCUGGGGGAGCCCAGCACGGGCUUUUCUCCAGGGCCAGCAAAGGAUGGCACAGGGCGAGUCCUGGCCCCAAAUGCUUUUCUGCAGAGCGAACCCCCAACUCUGCUGUCCAUCCCGGACGGCGAGGAGCGGCACAGCAGCUGCGGUCGGCUCCCGCAGGCGGACCCCGGCCCCUCUCCCGGCAGCUCCCCGGGCCCGCCCCCUCCCCACCCGUCACGGGCCCUGGCGCAGGCGCGGCUCGGCUCGGCCAUGGCGGCGGCCGUGGAGCGGCGCCUCGCCCAGUUCCGCGCCGCCCGCGGCAGCACUGCCGCCGCUCCGCGCCCCGCCGAGCCACCAGGAAAAGCCGCGGCUCCGGAGGCCGCCGAGGGGCCGCGGGCAGCCGCGGAGGGCCCGGGCGGCGGCGCUCAGGUCCGUCCCGGCGCGGCGGCGGCUCCGGUGUGGGCGCGCCCGCUGCUGCUGAAGGUACUGCUGUGGGCCGUGCUGCUGGCGCUGUUCGCGGAGCUGGAGCUCGGCCUGCCCUUCUUCAUCCUCUCCCUGCUCUACUGGAUGUACGCCGGCACGCGCGGCCCCGCCGAGCGGCGGCCCGGAGAGCUCAGCGCCUACUCCGUGUUCAACCCCGGCUGCGCCGCCAUCGCCGGGACGCUGACGGCCGAGCAGCUGGAGCGGGAGCUGCACUACCGGCCUGCGGCGGGCAGGUAGCGCCCGGCCCGGCGGGGACUGCGCUGUGCUGCGCCGGGACGGGCCGCGGCUUGGGGGAAGGAAAUGGGGUUUGUUCCUAUGCAAAACACCUCCCGAGCCUUACUACUGGCCCCGUGUGCCCCCGCGCCAGCCCGUCCCGAAUAAAGCCGUAGCAAAGCCUG